UUGGCUGCAUGCACGGUCUAUGGUUGGCUGUAGGAGGAAAAAAAGGCGAAUUUAAAAGAGGGGGAUGGGGCAAUGAGUUGUUUUGUGUUGCAUUCCUGCAGUGUGCUUGACCUUUGACCUGGUUGUUGUGCUCACUCUUCUCCUCGCAUACCAAAGUGAGGGGUUUUCCCUGCAGUAUGCCAGAAGGAGCUAGCUCGCACGCGCUGCGCCCUGGACGUGUUUACUAGCUGCUAGCUUACAAAAGGCUCGCGCUGUUUACCUACCUGAAUCUGCAGCUAGCUAGCUAGCAACGAGGAUCGCUUUAAAAUUAUCAUCAUCAUUACAAUUAUCAUCAUUAGUAUUAUUAUUGAUCUUAUUUAAACCGAGGCGCGCGUGUUGCAUUGUCAGAAACCGUGCAAAGAAAAUCGUAGAAGAAGAAAAAGAAGAAGAAGGAGGAGUAGGUGUGGAGUGUGUUUUUUGGAGAUCGUCGCGAGCUCGGUCGGGUCACUCUGCUCCCCGCGCGCGCUAGCUCUCACGCUCGCUCUCUCGUUGCUUCACGCGCACACGUUUUUUAACCGAUUCCGCGCGAGCCGAUUAUUCGGCGUGUAGCCCGCCGCAGAAACACGGAGAAGACCGAGGAAAUGAAGGACAAACAGAAGAGGAAGAAGGAGCGCACAUGGGCCGAGGCUGCUCGCAUGGUUCUUGAGAACUUCUCGGAUGCCCCAAUGACACCUAAACAGAUCCUUCACGUCAUCCAGACAAAGGGACUCAAAGAAAUGAGAAGCGGCACAGCCCCACUGGCCUGCCUAGUUACCAUGCUUCACUCCCAAGUGAGGGGCGAUCGAGUAAAGAACAGCAUCUUCUUCAAGCUACCUGGAAGAAUGAGUCUUUUCACACUAAAGAAAAAUGCUCUCCAGUGGACGAAGAACCCAUCUGGUUCUGAGGCUUCAGACCCAAGCACCGCACCAGCAGCUUCAUCCACUGCUUCGCUCGGAGCAGCAGAGGGGGGCGAACAGGAAAGCGGUGACUCCACGGAAACGACGGCUGCCAGCGGUGAGAACGAUGCUUCAGUGGAUGAGACUUCCUCCAGUGCCUCCUGUUCCACAGAGCCACAGACACGACUAAGUCGAUCCUCACAGUCAGGGAGACAGAGGAAGAAAUCUGUCAUGAUGCCUCGAGUGGUUCUUACUCCACUGAAGGUCAACGGUGAACACGUCCCAUCAGGAGCUGCGGGGAGGCGCAGGGAAGGGUCUAGGGGGGGUCCAGGCCCAGUACUUCGAGCCCGCUCCGAGCUGGGCUGGAAACGCCCCCAGCACUUCAAGAGCAUGCGUGGCCUACGUUCAGGGCCAAUGAAGAGGAAUAGAGGAGGUGUAGAGGUGGACUUUGAGACCCCGGGCUCAAUCCUGGUCAACACAAACAUCCGUGCUUUAAUUAACACGCGCACAUUUGCAGCAUUUCCUCCCCACUCUCAGCAACAACUUCUUCAACUUCUCCCUGAAGUAGACAGACAGAUUGGUCCUGAUGGUCUUGCCCGACUCAGCAGUUCAGCACUGAAUAACGAAUUUUUUACUCAUGCCUCUCAAAGCUGGAAAGAGAGGCUCGCUGAAGGUGAGUUCACACAUGAGAUGCAGGUUCGCUUUAGACAAGAGAUGGAAAAGGAAAAGAAAGUGGAGGCAUGGAAGGAGAAAUUCUUUGAGGAGUAUCAUGGCCAAAAAUCUGGCUUAACCCGUGAAGAGGCAUUAAAACUCACAAUGAGUGAUGCAGGAGAUGUUUCUGGGUCAGUCCUUGGGGCUGAUACUACUGCAGCCACACCCAAGAGGAGAGGUGUUGGAAGACGACGAAGGGAGGGUCGUAUUAGGAGGCGAUCACGUGCUGACCUCAGAAGAAGGGCGCGACGCCCACUCUGCAAGACUACUCCUGCAGCAGUGGCUCAAGAACCAGCAGAGACCCAGGCAGCUGUAGAAGUUGUGGCCCCGACUACAUCACCUGUCCCAGAAACCAGCACAGUACAGGCAGAGGUUGUCCUUCAAGCCGAAUCAGAAUCAGAAACUCCAGUGGAGACACUAUGUACAGAGGCAGCCCCCUCCCCUGCCCCGGUGUCUACUCCUGCUCCUGCUUCUACAAGCUCAACUUGCGAUGAACCAGAAGGUUCCACUAGUCUGCUGCCUGAAGUUGUUGAGCCUACCGUUGCCUCGACUUCCUCGCCUUCCUCAUCCUCUUCUUCGACAUCCUCAUCAUCCUCUCCAUCUUCAUCUCCCUCCUCUACCUCUGAUCGGCAAGGAGCCUUUGCUGCUAGCUCUGACUCAUCAUCUUCCUCCUCAUCCUCAACUGCUGCUGUUGCCACUGACCCACUGGACGAUGGUGCCUCGAUCACCACAGGUACAGCAGGCACCGGUGCGAGCAGCAGAGAGAGCAGCCCGGCAGCAAGUCCUGCUACAGUCAGCCCUGCCAUCCAGCUCAAGGAACAGAAAAGAAGGCCCGAUGAGUCCCAGGCCUUCACCAGCUUUCCCGAGAAGAGGGCACGGCUGGAUGAGCAUCAGUCCUUUCGUAACACAGUUGACUGUGUGCACUCAGAAAAGCCGCAGCCUACAACAGAGGAGCCCAAGGUCCCGCCAAUCCGGAUUCAGCUCUCCCGGAUCAAACCUCCGUGGGUCAAAGGGCCGCCAACGUACCAAAUCUGUCCCCGCAUCGUGCCCCCCAGCGAGGGGUCGAGGCGCAGUGGGACGGGGGCGCGCACCUUGGCGGACAUCAAGGCCCGCGCCCAGCAAGCCCGCGCACAGCGGGAAGCCGCUGCUGCUGUUGCAGCCACUGGGGACGGGGCAGGGCCUGGGGGGGGCGGCCCGGGGGGUGGUGGUGGGAUACCGGAUUGCUCCAGCGGGAGGCGUUCGAGAGAGCACCCGGGUCCCGUUGAACCUGGAGGAGGAGGAGGAGGAAGAGGAGGAGGAGGAAGAGUUGGAGAUGUGGAGGACCAGGAAUCGCUUGCAAGCUCUCAUUCGUCUGGAGCACAACUACAGUUAUCCAAUGUAGAGCAUCCAGAAAAAACCCAAGCCUCUACCCCACAAACUUUGCCAUCUCCAUCCUCUGUAUCUUCCAAUCCUUCAGUGCUACCCUCAGAGUCGCCCAAAACCUUCACAGCAUCACCAACUGAGACAGACAGCCCAGCCUCCCAGGACCAGGUAGACGAUAUCUGUGGCGGAGAGGAGGUGACGGUUAGCUCCAGUGAUAAAGCCUCCGAGCAGACCUUAGACACUCCUGUGCCUACCCCCAGUGAGCCCGAGUCUGUAGGCAGUCAACAAGAGAGUAGGGUUGAAGAGGCUGAUUCAAAUGACAGCAGAACACUCACUCCUAAUUAUACCAUUUCACCAGUGUCCAGUGAAGCAGUAAAUCUUGUUCCCACCUCAAUUCCUGACUCAUUGCCUAGGUUUGGUGCCCAAGGUGUGGAUGUGAUCAGAUCCUUGGCAGCAUCUUCACAGCCUUGGGAAGCUGAGCAGAAUUUGGGUGAACAUUGUUCGGGCACUACUGGGGUCAUUCAGCACGGGUCAGAUGUGAAAGUCCCCAAAGAGACAUUUGUUGCAACCCGCAAUGGUUUUGUAAGUGGUGCUGAGGAUCAUGUGGUUAGGGAGAGAGUUCUGCAGGAGCACAAGAGUGCAACUGAGGCUGAAACUGAUGGUAAAUAUGUAAGUUCCCUCUCAUGUCUACCAAAUAACAUGAGAGAGGAAGAUAAUGGUGUACACAGUGACUCUACAGAGACUGCAUCAGACUUUGAGAAUGAAACUCAAGAGGAUGAUAGUGUGGACUGGCACAGAACUAUGGACCAUAAUGGCGUGCAAGGUCAUAAUUCAAAGUCUCAAAACCAUCCUGUCAUUCAGACACCAAAUCGUCUUACUUCUUGCACUUUGAGCUCUCCGCAGCAUCAGCAGCCUGUUAUCCAGGCCCAUGUCUCUAAUCCUACACACAGCCAAACUGUCAUUCAGGCCCGUUUCCCCAACGGCAUUCCAAACCAGCCAGUGAUUCAGACACAAAAGCACCAUUCAGUUCACACCCAUGGCAUAAACCAUGUCCAGGAGCAAAACUCCAAUGCCUUGACCCAGGUCCAUGUGCAGCCAUACCUCAUGCAUGUAGAGAAGGAGCAAAGCAAAGCUCAUUUUCUAAAUGAGAGUAGCAGUGGAGGAAAGCCAUUUAUCCUAACAGAUGAUGAUUCAAAACUUAUCUGCAAAGGGCCUAUGGAUGAAUCUGGAUUAAAGAACUUUCCCAGUCUUUCUGCUGUUAAGAGAAUUCAAACCUCUGCACGACCUGUGUCCUCUGUAGAGGCAAACAACCCUCUGGUUACCCAGCUUCUUCAAGGCAGCCUGCCUUUGGAGAAAGUCCUUCCCCAGUCACACUCUGCAAGUAAGCUGGAGAUAAAUAGACUACCAGGAGCACCAACAGGUUUGUCUUCAAACCGACAGCCUGGAGGAUCUCCCAGAAACAUAGCUCCUCGCUUCAGACCCCCACCUGAAUCAGGGGGAACCACAGAACCUGCUAGCUCAGACUUUCAGCAUAAAGCCUCUUCUACUCAUCAGUCACCUGUGCCUGGAAGGAAUUAUGGUGCCUCACCACCUGCCACUUUACAGUCGCGAAUAGGAUGCCUGCUUGAUGAAACCAGCUCCCGUGGCACAGUUGUCCAGCAGUUUGUUCCUCAGCAGUCUGCAAACAAUGUGCCUCCUGGUGCAGUACCUGUCAUCACCUCCCUCCCAUCAUCUUCCUCCUCAAGGCAUUCAGUGGACUUGAACUCUCAAAGUGCCCAAGUUUUGGAGUCAGCUGUGAUAAAAGAGCACCCCAUCCCUCAGAUUUCACGUAGUGACACUCCAGAAAGGCAAGCAGCUGGUCUUCAGCAACACUCCGUUAACCAUUCCCAGCCAAUCUGCAGAACUACACCUGAUGCUCCUUCCCCUCCACAUGGUGACCUUUGUCCUUCUGAAGUUGUACCUACUGUUAAGAUCAGUUGGCGCCCGCCGAAAUCGCAGCCACCCCAACCUCAGUCCUAUCAACAACAGAUCUCUCAUGGGGCUAGUGUGAAAAAUGAAGUCUCUCUACGCCCCUCGUGCCAGCAAGCUCUACCAAAAAAUUCACAGGCUGCAAUGGGUGGCAAUGGCUCUGUUGUUAUAACCAAAAAAGAACCCCAGAGCUCCUUGGACAGUUAUACAGGAAGUGGGGGAGCCAUGGAAGGACUGCUUAAUAUGGAAAUGUCCCUUGUAAGAAUGGCUAAAAAAGAGCAAGGUAAAAACCCUUUCACACGUCAUACUGACUCCACAGUCUCACCUGUGUCGUCCUCUCCUUCAUCUACCUCUGCCUCAUCAUUUUCCUACCAUCUGUAUGGAAAGUUGCCUAAGUUGCAGCAGAGUGGAGGUGGAAGUGCACUGACUGGAGACACUGGAGGGGGGUCCUCAUCUGGCUUCAGCUAUACGGCAAAUGUCUCAGUAGUGGACGGUAGUGGCUUCUCUCGCAGCAUAGCAGAUAGUGUGCUGCAACUGCGGCCACGUGUUGGGAACACUGGAAGCCAGAGUACUGCCCUGAGUAUCCAGGCAUUUGCUGAAAGUGCAGCAGAGGAGGUGGCUCUUAAGUGCUCUUGCCGCCUCAAGGCCAUGAUUAUGUGCCAGGGGUGCGGUGCCUUCUGCCAUGACGAUUGCAUCGGCCCUUCCAAACUCUGUGUUUCCUGUCUGGUGGUUAGAUAGUGUGUUACAGCACCUCUGAACGGAGUCUACGGCAGUAUUUUUGCAUUGGCAUCCCAAGACGUUACCUGUUCUCAGAGACCAGAGAAACAUUUGGACUCAACUAAGAAAAGAAUAAUGGGAGAACUCUUGGUGUGAAUACAUGGCCUGAUUUUUGAUGUUGGACAAAGUAAAAACAAUAGGGCUGCUAGAUGCCCUGCAAGAUCAAAUUUAGUCUGUAUUUUUGCUUCAUAUUUUUUUUCUAUUGCUGUUAUGAUGGUGUUAUGAUGUGUAUUAUUAUUAUUAUUGUUAUUAUUAUUAUUAUUAUUAUUGUUGGUAUUAAGUGAAUUUACAUGGCACAGUUGAUUGUAGAUUGUGCCUUUUUUUUCUUUUUCACAAAACAUUUACCUCAUCUACUUGACACCAAUCAUUGGUUCAGUGUGAAAAUGGUGGUGUUCAUGUUUGCGUUUUUCCUCUCACCUACCUCUCUGAAAAAGAGAGCAUGAGGAGUUGUCUUGCGCAUCUUGUCUUGCAAAGAAAUAUUUUUUUAAAUCAUUAAACAAGCCAAUUCUUUUGUUAUUUUGUAAGUGCUUCCUUUCCUUUUUUAUUUUCUUAUCCAAAGUGAAGUCCAGUCUGUACUUGGCGGUUAAGCACAGUAUUCUAAUCUAAUAAAGCUGACAAUGAACAGA